AUGACUGGGGCCGUGGACAAAAAAAGAAAAACCGAGCGCGCCGGCGCCAAGGCGCCACGCAUCUUCAGUCCCUUCCGCGCGUUGGGCAACGUGUCCAACGACGUGCCCUUUGCCGUGGGCUCGUUGGGCGCAACGUUCUACCUCGUGACGUCCGUCGGGCGCAGCUUCCAGAUCUACGACGCGGCCAACUUGCACUUGCUCUUCGUGUCGCAGAGCCAGACGGCCAGCAAGAUCACGUGCUUGGCCGCCCACUUCCACCACGUGUACGCCGGCUACGGCAACCGGGUCGGCAUCUUCAAGCGCGGCCGCUUGGAGGCGGAGAUCGAGCUCCAGCUCCGCACGCCGGCCGCGCACGUCAGCCAUCUCUUGGUUUUCGGCGACUUCUUGGUCGUGGCGUCCACGGAUGGCGGCGUGGCCGUGUACAAGAAGCCCGCCGGCGCGCGGCUCGCCACGCAGUUCUACACGGCGGUGGCCAGCAUCAACCCGCAGCUCGACGGCGCCAUCGUGGGCUUGGUGCACCCGCCCACGUACUUGAACAAGGUGGUGGUGGCCACCGCCAGCCACUUGUACGUAGUCAACGUGCGCACGGCCAAGACCGUGUACAAGACGCCCGAGCACGUGUUUGGCGAGCCGCUCUCGUGCAUCGAGCACGCGCCUGCCCUCGACAUCGUGGCCGUGGGCACCGCGGCCGGCGGCGCGUACCUCUUCCAUUUGCGGAAAGCCGAGGUGUUGGGCGAGCGCAUCGCCGCGGCGCCGUCCGACGCGGGCGCCCGUGUCACCGCACUCUCGUUCCGCACGGACGGCUUCGCGCACUUGGUGGCGGCGCUCAGCUCGGGCGACCUCUUCUUCUAUGACUUGGCGCGGCGCAGCAAGGCGCACGUGUACCGCCGCUGCCACGGCGAGGCCACGGGCGGCGUGGCCAACGCGCGCUUCUUGAACGGCCAGCCCAUCGUGGUGACCAAUGGCGGCGACAACAGCUUGCGCGAGCUCGUGUUCGACCCACCGUUGUCGUCGUCCAACAGCGCGGUGACCGGCCCGCCGCGCCACUUGCGCUCGCGCGGCGGCCACCUGGCGCCGCCCGUGGCGCUCGUGUUCCCGGACGAGGACAAGCUGCACUUCGUGUACCUGGCGGCCAAGGACCGCGCGUUGUGGUGCUUCUCGUUGCGCAAGGACGCGCAGGCACAGGAGCUCUCGCAGCGGCCGGCCAAGAGCGGGCCGCAGGCUCGCGGCGGCGGCGUGGUGGCGCUGAUGCGCGAGCAGUUCCCCGAGCUCACGGCGCUCGCCAUGUCCGUGGCACGCGAGGGCGAGUGGGAGAACAUGGUGUCCACGCACAAGGGCGAGGCGUUUGCGCGCACGUGGGACAGCAAGAACAAGCGCGUGGGCCGGUUCCAGCUUGCCACCGUGGACGGCGGGCUUGCCAAGGCCGUGUGCGUGUCGCACUGCGGCAACUUUGCGCUCGUGGGGUCGGCGCAGGGCGGCAUCGGCGUGUACAACUUGCAGUCGGGCCGGUUGCGGCGCCGGUACAUGUUGCACCGCAAGGCCGUGAGCGGCGUGGCCAUCGACGGCAUGAACCGCAAGAUGGUCAGCUGCGGCUUGGACGGGCUCGUGGGCUUCUACAACUUCGCGGACCUGGCGUUCUUGGGCAAGCUUGACCUCGGCGAGCCCGUCACGGAGAUGGUGUACCACAAGGGCCUGGACCUCGUGGCCUGCGCGUUGGACGACUUGUCCGUGGUGGUGGUGGACGUGGUCACGCAGAAGGUGGUGCGUGUGUUGGUGGGCCACACCAACCGCAUCACGGCGCUCGACUUCUCGCCGGACGGCCGCUGGAUCGUCAGCGCUGGCCUCGACGGCACGCUCCGCACCUGGGACUUGCCCACGGGCGGCUGCAUCGACGGCAUCCGGCUCCCGAGCGUGGCCACGCGCGUCAAGUUCUCGCCCAUCGGCGACUUCCUCGCCACGACCCACGUGUCGGGCAACGGCAUCUCCUUGUGGACCAACCGCGCGCAGUUCCGCCCGGUGCUGACGCGCCACGUGGCCGACCACGAGUUCUCGGCCGCGUUGUUGCCGGCGGUGUCCGGCGACGGCGGCUCGCUCAUGAUCGACGGCGCCUUGGACGCGCCGGCAGAGGAGGCCCACGCCGACCACCUCUACCGGUCCGUGGACCAGAUCGACGGCGGCCUCGUGACCUUGGCCGUGGGCCCGAGAACGCGCUACGAGACCAUCUUGCACGUGGACACCAUCAAGCAGCGCAACAAGCCCAAGGAGGCGCCCAAGAAGCCGCAGCAGGCGCCGUUCUUCUUGUCGCUCUCCGUCGUGGCCGAGACGGGCGGCGCGCAGCCAAGACAGGCCCCCGCAGACGAGGAAUCCGCGUCACGCUUGCUCACGUUGCGCGGCGACCAGCACAACUUCGAGUCCGAGUUCACGCGCUUGCUCCGAGAGGGCGCCGAGCGGGGCAGCUACUCGGACUUCUUGCGCUUGGUGGCCCACGCGUCGCCGGCCACGCUCGACCUCGAGAUCCGCUCGCUCCACUCGUUUGCGCCGUUGACGGAGAUGGCCCGCUUCGUGGCCGCGCUCACCGCGGGCUUGCUUGAAAACAACAACUUCGACACGUACCAGGCCGCGUUCGGCUUGUUCUUGAAGCACCACGGCGACGUGGUGUACGCCAACGCGGACGACGCGUUGGUGGAGGCGCUCGGGCGCUGGGCGCUGGCCAACGCGCUGCGCGAGCGCAAGCUCGAUGAGUUGGUGAAGUUCUGCUCGGGGGUCGUGGACUUUGUGUCGGUGGUCUAG